AUCUUCCACAGAAUAAAUUCCCUCUUCAAUAACCAAAAUGAUUCCCAUUUUCUAAACAAACAAAUCUCCAUUACAACAUCAUCACAAGACUUUGAGAGAACUACUACUUAGUUUUCCAUCUCCAUGGAGGUUGGGGUCGGCGCUAUGUCAAGGAGGAGCCGGUUUUCUUCCUAUGACCGGUGGCUGGCAGUAGGCCUCGGCCUUCUCGCGGUGGUUUCACCGCUCUAUAUUGAUCGGAGACCGAGCAUCGAGGAGUUGGAAGAGGAGGAAUCAUCCAUUCAUCUUGGCUUCUGGUUGCCUGCUCUUCUCAUGAUCUUGAUCUUCAUUAUUGCUGGAGUUCUUCACUUGGAACAGAGAUGUGCCAGAUUUGACCCUUAUUGGAUCCACAGAGUUGGUGGUUCUUCUUGUGGCAUAUUCAUCAUUCUUCUGCUUCUUGCAUUUGUUUUAAAGUGUAAAGCUUCUUUAAUGUUUUGGGAGUCUUAGAACUUGUCCCAACUUUCAAAGUUUUUUGUGUUUGUUUCCUUGAAUGCUCUUACCUUUUGGAAUACUGUUUAGUUUCAUCAAUGGACAGUAAGCUCAGAGUCAACCAAAUUUGCAAUUUUUGCAGUCUUCUUUUCGUUAUGUGUUCGAAAUGGAAAUGGAAGAUUAUACAAAGAGUUCCCUA